AAACAGUGAUUGUGGAGCAAGCUCGGCGCCAGCCAGUGGAAACGACACAGAGCAGGCACGAUGUCGAUGAUGGAUGGCGGGGUGUUGUACCCCAGCUUCAUCACGCAGAAAGGUGUGAAUGAGCUCAAGGAUGCAGACAUUGUGACCGAAGAUGACCUGUUCAUCCUCACGUUCCCAAAGUGCGGCACGACGGUGACGCAGCAGAUUGUGCACUUGCUGAACCAUGAAGGCGAGCAGCCAGACCAUCACAUGAUGGCUGGCGUGCCGUGGCUGGAGGCGUCUUACUGCAACGGCACCUACACGCUGGAGGGCCUCAAGGAACGCAAACUGCGCUGUUUCAAGUCCCACGCUUCCCCGCACCUUUUCCCAGGAGACUGGCGCAAACCAAAGAUGAUCUUUGUGACACGCAACCCAAAGGACACGAUGGUGUCGAUGUACCACCACAUGAAGAACAAGAAGACGUGGUCGUUCGCCGGUUCAUGGGAUGACUUCUUCUACAACAAGAUUAUGCAGAACACGAUCGAGUCGAACAACUUCUUCGACUGGCACCUGCCGUGGUGGGAGCGGUACAAGAGCGGACAGGUGCCACGUGCGCUGUGGUUGCAUUACGAGGACAUCAUUGCCGACAUGCCCGGCUCCGUGCGCAAGAUUGCGGACUUUAUGGGCAAGGACGUGUCAGAUGAGACGGUGGCGGAAGUUGCACGCAUGUCGACGCUCGACUCAAUGAAGAAGAACCCGCUGGCCGACUGCAAGUGGAUCACGGCGAGCGAGCACGCGACGGAGCAGGGUGACGCGCAGCACCUCCGACGCGGCGGCAAGGGCAACUGGAAGGACGUGUUCACCGUUCGGCAGAACGAAAUCUUCACGCGGUACUGCGACGAGCGGCUCAAGGGCACGGGGCUCACAUACGACUACGGCGAAUAGAUAGGACGUCGAAACAGAGACUGGGAGAGGAGCGGGGAGAGAUACGGGGAAGCAAAUUUCAGGUGGUGGUGGUGUAUGUGUUGUUUGUUUGUUUGUUUGUGUGUGUGUUUGUGUGUGUGUGUGUGUGUGUGUGUGUGUGUGUGUGUGUGU